AUGCGGUUCCCAGUAUCAGAAUCAUCGGCUCCACAGCCAGCUGAGACGGCAGCGCCUUCUCGCAAGACGGCCGUUAUGCCGCCCGACCACCCACCCAUCCCAGAGGGCGUGACCUCGGACACUUGCCCCGUCAACGAGUCCGCCCGCUCCGUCUGGAUUGCCGCCGCCGAGGGCGCCCAACAGCCCGUCGCUGGCUCGUCCACUGCCCCCGGUACUGCCGCCGCAUCGCGACCGCUCAGCACAGAGCGUGAGAUCUCGUCUAUCCCCCGCGGUGCCGGCGCAUUCUACCGGCACAACACGGACUCGCCUGAGCAGCCCGUCGGCGCUGGCCAGGCCGUCCCGCCCAGCGACCACGCCACCGGCGCCGGCGAGAGUGUCGAGCACGAGGCAAAGGGCAACUGGGUAUACCCUUCCGAGCAGCAGUUCUUCAACGCCAUGUUGAGGAAAAACCACGACCCAAAGGUGGCCGACAUGCGCACCAUUGUCCCAAUCCACAACGCCGUCAACGAGCGCGCAUGGGAGCAAGUCCUGGCCUGGGAGGCAGGCAUGGGUGGCGAGAAGUGUCCUGGCGGUAUCAAGCUGAGCAGCUUUGUCGGCAGGCCGCAGGAGCGUUCGCCCAAGGCGUGGCUCAAGACUGUGUUUGGAUACACACCGCCAUUUGACCGUCACGACUGGUAUGUCGACCGUUGCGGCACGCAGGUGCGCUACGUUAUCGACUUUUACACUGGCCGUCCUGACCCUGCCCGCCCGGGUGUCAUGUCGUUCUACCUUGACGUGAGGCCAGCGCUGGACGACUGGGCGAGCGUUAGCACCCGUCUGCGUGGUCUGUGGAAGUAA